CGCUCGGAGUUCCUCGCUGCAGCCCUCACCAGCUUCCUGGCCGACAAUCGCCUCAUUCUCAUCACUGAUCAUGUGCCCGGCUCUCCCCGGCUGUCUCCGGCUCUGCUGCAGGAAGUUGGACUUUUCCCCGCCUCGCGCUUCCUGACAGCUCCAUCCGCCGCUCCCUUUCCUCAUCUUUUUCUUUUUUUUCCCCCUUUUUUCCCCCCCCUCCCCAGUCUCAGCUCUCGCCUCUCCUCUGCCGGGAGCGUGAGAGCGUGACAGGCGGGCUCGGUGAAGCCCGCAGCCCGGGCGGAGACGCCGGCCAUGGAGGCCCCGGUGCCGGUGGCGGCGGCGGCGGCGGCGGAGGAGGAGGGGGAGGAGGGGCAGCAGCCCAUGCCUCUGCCCACCCUCGGCCCCGCCGUGCCCCCCUACGUGACUCUGGGCCUGACGGUGGUCUACACGGUCUUCUACUCGCUGCUCUUCGCCUUCGUGUACGUGCAGCUGUGGCUCGUGCUGCGGUACCGACACAAGCGCUUCAGCUACCAGACGGUGUUCCUGUUCCUGUGCCUGCUGUGGUCCGCCCUGCGCACCGUGCUCUUCUCCUUCUACUUCAGGAACUUUGUGACGGCCAACACUCUGGGGCCGUUCCCCUUCUGGCUGCUCUACUGCUUCCCCGUCUGCCUGCAGUUCUUCACCCUCAGCCUCAUGAACCUCUACUUUGCACAGGUUGUUUUCAAAGCUAAAUCAAAGUACGCCCCGGAGCUUUUGAGGUACAGGCUGCCACUGUAUCUCCUCUUCCUGUUCAUCAGCCUCCUGUUCUUAGUGGUGAAUUUAGUUUGCGCCCUGCUGGUGAGGAUGUCCUCCGCCGAAGCUCACACCAUCGUCCUCGUGAGGGUCGCCAUCAACGACAGUCUCUUCGUCCUCUGCGCCGUCUCGCUGUCUCUGUGCCUGUACAAGAUCGCCAAGAUGUCUCUGGCCAACAUCUACCUGGAGUCCAAGGGAACCUCGGUGUGCCAGGUGACAGUCAUAGGGGCCAUUGUCAUCCUCCUCUACGCUUCGAGGGCGUGCUACAAUCUGGUCGUCCUGGCGAUGUCAAACAAGAGCAUAAACUCCUUCGAUUACGACUGGUACAACGUUUCAGACCAGGCUGAUUUGCAGUCAACUCUGGGCGACACUGGCUACAUCGUCUUUGGGGUGAUCCUGUUUGUAUGGGAGCUGCUCCCCACUUCCCUGGUGGUGUACUUCUUCAGAGUUCGGCAGCCAAACUUAGACCGGAGCGCCUCUGGACUUCCUGGCCACGUCUUCUCCUCCAGGGCCUAUUUCUUCGACAACCCGCGGCGUUACGAUAGCGAUGAUGACCUGGCGUGGAGCGUCAUGCCUCAGAACAUCCAAGCAAGUCUGGCAGCCGACAGCUACGAGUGGGGGAGCCAAAGCAGCGGCAUCAGCGCCUACAUCGGCGUGGACGACACCUACAACUUCCCACCCGCUGCGGGAGAGCUCAGCCACUACUGAGCGGCGCUCCCGGUGACUCCCGAUCAUCCUGCUGUGACUUUCUUCAUUUGUAUAUUUUUGCACAGUCUCUGUUUGUGACAAAAGGCACAUCGGGAUCAAAGUCACCCUUGACUUCAUGCAUUCAGUUUUGUACUUCGUCUUGGGAAGAAAGGCCUCAUAGUCUUUCCUUCUUGCCAGUAUAUAAAAGCCCAGAGAUGGGGUAUUAAUUUUGCACACACCUUGUACAGAAUUUGAUCUGCUCGUCUGCAUUUUUCCAUUGUAUAGUUUAUAUUGAAUACCGCCUAAUAUAUUUCCUGACCUUUGUGAUAUGUACUGUAUGACUAUUUUAUGUACUGUCUUUGAAUGUAUGUUCUUUUUUUUUGCAUAAAGAUUUGUUUAUAUAGAAGAGAUAUUCAUUUAAUACAAAUUAAAAACCAUUAAAAAAAACUG